GCGGCGCCCUCUGGGUAGGCGCGGCGUCUCCUGGCAACGGGGCAAACAUGGCGACGGUGGUGGGGAAAGUGCCCGAGAGGAACCUGUGGGAGGACAUCUGCGCCGAGUUUGAAGCAACCAGCUCUCGCAUUUUAGAGGACUUCAAACCUGAUACAGCUUCUGUGUCUACAGUGAUUUCUCAGUACGAUGCCACCAAACAUUCUCCAGUCUUUUAUGGUCAUAUGGUAGCUAAGGUUUCAGUGGAUACUUCACUGUUAGAGCACUUCAAUGCAGAAUAUUCGCAUCCAGCAUUGUUAGGUCAUGCACUUGUUCAGAAACCUCCCCCUCCUGUGAUUCCAAGCCCUCCUCCACCUUCACCACCACCUGGACCACAUAGAUGUACUCCAAGGCAAUAUCUGGAACAUUACUUAUUCCCCGUGCUUCUCCCAGGAUUACUUGAGACCCUUGUAAAUGCUAAAAUCGAGAAAUGUUUCGAGAGGAAAAUGAGCAAGUUCAAUGCUUGUGACUUCCUGGCAGAAUGGUUGUACAACAAGAAUAAGAGGAGGAUUGAAAGGAAAUUCACUGCCUUCAAUGACAUCCCCUUUGUUAAAAACUGGCUCAUGGAUCACCCUAGGCCGCCAAUCCCUCUGUCUCUUUUGUUGUCAGAAGAUGAAGCAGUCCUUAUCAUUCAGUCUUUCUGGAGAGGAUAUCGGGUUCGCUGUGACGCAGAGAUACAAGAGCUACGGCAGUGGCAGAGGGAACUGAGAGAAGAAAACAGAGGAUAUACGACAAAGAUCAUGAAAUUCUGGGCUGACCAGGAAUCUAAAGUGGGGCAGACGAUGGAGGAAGAUUUGGUGGAGGAGACACCACCCAGCCCUGCUGAAGAGCCCAUUAGAGAGCUCACCCAGUAUGAGAUACUCCUGAAAAUCAGAAAGGACUGUACUUAGACGGCACAACAGCGAGGUACUUUACAUUUCCAAGCAGACAGUGAAGACCUGACGUUACAAUAAUUGCAUUUUAAUAAGAUUUUGUAAAUAAAACUUUUGCACAUGCCUUAAA